ACCUUUUUUACCACAAACCACAAGCCAACCACACGCGUUGGACACCCAGAACCAAACCCAAAUAAACACUCUACCAAUCCACGCCAUUCAGCACCACAGCCGCCCGUUAAUAAGGAAGAAAUAAGGGGGAAGGACACACCCCGUUGCAGACAGCCAGUGCUUGUGGGCGAGUAAGGAGGUCUAUAUUUCACCUCUUCCCUGCUCCCUCUCACCUUCCUCCUCCUUCUCCAGCCGGACACGGUCGCCACCAUGUCUACCCUCACCGCCAACCGCUAUGACCGCCGAAUGAGUUCCAGUCAGUGUGUGUUGGGCAUCGAUAUCGGCACCACCUCCGUCAAGUGCUGCCUGGUGGACGUCAGCACCAAGGAGGUCGUGUCCAGCCAGAAGAAGGACACCUGCUCCGAUGUGCCGAGUGAGCUGGGGACGGGGGGCAACAAGCAGGACGUGCCCCGCAUCCUGUCAGCCCUUCAGAUGUGCGUCUCUCGGCUGCCGCGGGAGAUGCUGAGGAAGGUGGUGCGGGUGGGCGUGUGUGGCCAGAUGCACGGCUGUAUGUUGUGGAAGCAGGGCGCCGCGUGGGAGCAGAAGCCAGACACGGACAGGUUCGCCAUCAAUGAGGUGAGCAACCUGUACACGUGGCAGGACAGCCGCUGCACCCAGGACUUCCUCUCCUCCCUGCCGGUGCCGGAGUCCCACAUCGCCAUCUCCUCGGGCUACGGCUGCCCCACGCUGCUCUGGUUCUCAAAACACAAACCCGAAAAGCUCACCAGGUUCAACCGAGCCGGGACCAUCCACGACUUCUUUGUGUGCAUGCUGUGUGACCUUGACCACCCUGUUAUGUCAUUACAAAACGCUGCCUCCUGGGGGUUCCUCAACACUGAGACCAAGGAGUGGAACACAGAGAUGCUGGAGAGUGCCGGGCUGCCCUUGGACUUCCUGCCGAGUGUGGUGGACUCAGGGCAGGAGGCGGGCAAGCUGAAGGCCCACUGGUACGGCAUCCCUGCUGGCACCCCUGUCCUGGCAUCCUUAGGUGAUCUGCAGUGCUCAGUGCUCCCUCUGCUCUCCGAGAACACACAGGCUAUCAUCAACAUCUCCACCUCGGCCCAGAUGUGCUUCAAGAUGCCUCAGGACUUCAAGCCUGCCCACCACCCGCCCAGCACCCCCUCGCCCAUUGAGUACUUCCCGUUCUUCCGCUCCUACCUCGCCGUCGCCGCCUCGCUCAACGGUGGGAACGCUUUGGCCGCCUUCGUCAGGAUGCUGCAGCAGUGGAGUCUUGACCUCGGCUCCUCGGUCCCUCAGUCAAAGAUAUGGCAGCGAAUCCUUGAGCUUGGGGCGGACGCAGCGAGUGAGUCAAGUCUGAUGGUUGAACCGACCCUGUUUGGUGAGCGCCACAACCCGCUGCAGACCGCCUCGGUGGCCAACGCUGACCUCGGCAACCUGUCCCUGGGCAAGGUGACGCGGGCGCUGUGCAAGGGAGUCAUCACCAACAUGCACAGCAUGAUGCCACGUUCCAUGCUUGAGGAAAACGGCAUCACAAGUAUCAUCGGAGGCGGCUCAGCCCUCGCCCGCAACCCUAUACUUCUGAAGGAGCUGGAGAUUGCAUACGAGUUGCCCGUUUCCCUCGACUCUCGGGGCGACGCUGCGUAUGGGUCUGCUCUAGCGGCUAUCAAUGCUGGGUCUGCAGACUAGGCAACGGCACCUCCCUAACCUAACCUAACCUAACCUAACCUAACGGAACCUAACCUAACCUCUCCUUCUUACUUUGAAAUGAAUGUUACUAGAUCUACGCUGCUGUUCUUUGUGUGUGUGUGUGUGUGUGUGUGUGUGUUUGGGCUGUGUAUGAAGUGCCUUUGUUGAAUAUCCAGUUUGACUUUUUUCUUUUUUUUGCAGAGGCUGUUAAGUGUUUGAUAGUGUGAUGAGAGAGAGAGAGAGAGAGAGAGAGAGAGAGAGAGAGUAAUCAUUAACUCACAAAAGAAAAAAGCCAG